AUGCCAUUUUGCUAAAUGUUAUAAGUCAAAUAUUACGCAAUUUAGAUCGUUGGUAGAUUGAUCGAUGCGAUUUGCUAAACAAUCACUUUAAAAAAUUUCAGAUACAAGAUAUCAAAAUGUAUUAUUGGCAGCAAUAUGUCAAUUUAUUUCUUGCAUUAUAUUAAUGAAUUUUUCGAUAAACUCUAUGUUAGCUUUUCUGUAGUUAAUUUAUAAUUAUAUUUUAAUGGGAAAGGACUUGAACUCUUGGAACUUGGAACGGAUGAAAUGCUUAGCACCUCCAAUUAAAAAAUCCUUACUUAUACUGUAGAUGACCCAAGAGAAAAAGAAAGUGAAGAGAACCAGCACACUCCUAUCACCUUCAAAAAUUUUGCUUCACAUACAAAUCAAUAAAAAUCCAAUCGAGAAGAUGAUUAAAUCAAUUAAAAAAAGGCAAAUUAAAUGCUUCUUAAAUAAAUGAAUGGGAAAAUUUUUCAUGUAGAUAAUUAUCUCAAAUAUAAGGAUUAUUUGAUAAAAUAUUUAUUAUCAAAGAUCUAUUUCCAUUGGUAGACUUUUAAAAGAGGAUUAAUUAUUUUAUUGAAAAAAGCUAUAGCUAACUGAAAGAGUAGAUAAUCACAUUUCAUAAUAGAAACAAGUCAAUUUCAAUAGAUAUAACGCCACUUUUACGAAAAAGAAUCAACCAAGACAUAGUAUAUGAGAUCUAAUUAUCUAUAAAAUAGAUUGGUACAUUAAGUAUAUUAAAAAUAAGGAGCUAUAAGUUGCAUUAAUACUAUAUUGUAUCUCUUGA